AUGAAUGAAAAACCCAAGGACGACGGUAGCCUGGGAGAGGGCCACAAGGCUCCCUCUACAGCAAACACAGCUGUCGGUACCGCUACGCCACCGCGUUCUGCCGAUGCAAGCAUCAACCUCGAGGAGUUGCGUGUGGCAGCCCACCAGCAGAACCCCAACGGCACUUCUAAUGUUGGGUCCGGCGUCUCGGUGGCCCGGGCUGAGGCCGACUUCGCUGAACUGCAGAGGGAGCUCACCGGCAUGUCGAGAGCUAGCCGGCGCAAGAGCCACGCUUCUCAGCGUGAGCGUGAUGCUGAGAAGGCCAAUGGCGAGGAUUUAGGGGAGACUUCAUCUUCUGAAAGCGAACCCUUCGAUCUGGAAUCGUGGAUUCGUGGAGGGAUUCAGGCCUCGCGCGAGGCUGGCAUCCGUCCCAAGCACAUCGGAGUUUAUUGGGACGAACUAACGGUCAAGGGAAUGAGUGCCUUCACAAACUACGUACAAACCUUUCCCGAUGCAAUCACCGGAUUCUUUGACUAUUACCACCCCAUCAAGAAGCUGCUGGGCCUGGGAGGCAAGGCGCCCGAGGCCACGCUGCUCGACAAUUUCCGCGGUGUCUGCAAGCCUGGUGAGAUGGUCUUGGUCUUGGGCAAGCCGGGAUCCGGCUGCACAACCUUUCUCAAGAGCAUCACCAACCAGCGCUAUGGCUACACCAGCGUGACUGGUGAUGUGUUAUAUGGCCCCUUCACCGCCAAGGAGUUUGAGAAAUACCGCGGGGAGGCCGUCUACAACCAGGAGGACGAUAUCCACCACGCGACCCUGACGGUGGAGCAAACUCUGGGCUUUGCGCUUGACUGCAAAAUUCCCGGCAAGCUUCCGGCUGGCAUCACCAAGGCGCAGUUCAAGAAGGACGUCAUCACCAUGCUACUCAAGAUGUUCAACAUUGAGCAUACCCGCCACACCGUCGUAGGUGGCGCCCUUGUGCGUGGUGUGUCUGGAGGCGAGAGGAAGCGCGUUUCUGUUGCCGAGAUGAUGAUUACUUCUGGUUCCAUUCUGGCAUGGGACAACAGCACUCGAGGUCUUGAUGCCAGUACUGCUCUAGACUUCAUCAAGUCCCUUCGUAUCCAGACCAAUCUCUACAAGACCGCGACGUUCGUCUCGCUCUACCAGGCUUCGGAGAACAUUUACAAUUUGUUCGACAAGGUGCUUGUCAUCGACGCUGGCCGGCAAGUGUACUUCGGCCCGGCCACCGAAGCCCGCGGGUACUUUGAGGGCCUCGGCUUCCUUCCAAGACCUCGACAGACUACCCCCGACUACGUCACUGGCUGUACCGACGAGUACGAGCGCGCCUAUUCCGAAGGUUACGGCCCCGAGAACGCCCCGCACAGCCCCGAGACUCUGGCCGAGGCUUUCAAGAAGUCAGACUUUGCGAAGCGGUUGGAUCAAGAAAUGGUGGAAUACCGCGAAUCUCUGAAGGAGGACCAGCAAAAGUACGAGGAUUUCAAGAUCGCUGUCAAAGAGGGGAAGCGUACCGGUGCAAAGAAGUCGGUUUAUACUGUCGGUUUCCACCAGCAAGUCUGGGCCCUUAUGAAGCGCCAGACUGUGCUGAAGCUGCAAGAUCGAACGGCCUUAUUCCUCGCAUGGAUGCGUACCAUUCUCAUCGCCAUCGUCGUCGGCACACUCUAUAUCAACCUCGGUCAAACUAGUGCCACUUCCUUUAGCAAGGGUGGUCUGAUGUUCAUUGCUCUCCUGUUCAACGCUUUCGAGGCCUUUGCUGAGCUCGGCUCAACCAUGUUGGGUCGCGGAAUCGUCAACAAGCACAAAGCAUACGCUUUCCAUCGGCCCAGUGCGCUUUGGAUUGGUCAGAUCUUUGUCGAUCAGGCUUUUGGUGUGCCCAGGGUCCUCGCCUUCUCCAUUAUUGUGUAUUUCAUGACCAACCUGUUCCGCAGCGCCGGCGCCUUUUUCAUGUUUUUCCUGUUCAUUAUGCUUGGAAACAUUGCAAUGACGCUGUUCUUCCGAAUCAUUGGUUGUAUCGCGAUUGAUUUCGACUACGCUGUCAAAUUUGCCGUUGUCACGAUCACACUCCUCAUCACAACGUCCGGUUACAUCAUUCAAUACCAGUCCCAGAAGGUUUGGUUGCGUUGGAUCUUUUGGAUCAACCCUCUGGGUCUGAUGUUCAGCUCCAUGAUGGGCAAUGAGUUCGGCAGAAUAGACAUGACCUGCACAGCAGAGAGUUUGAUUCCGUCCGGACCAGGGUAUAACAACCCCGAGAACCAGGUUUGCACUCUGCCUGGAUCCAAGCCGGGUACUCUUGAAGUUUCCGGCUCGGACUAUAUUCGCACAGGCUUUGCCUACGACCCGAACGACAUCUGGCGCAACUUUGGGAUUGUGAUGGCCCUUGUUGUCUUCUUUUUGAUCAUGAACGUCGUCCUGGGAGAGCUGGUCGAAUUCGGAAUGGGAGGUAACUCGGCACUGGUUUACCAGAAGCCAAACAAGGAGCGCAAGGAGCUUAACGAGAAACUCCUGGCCAAGCGCGAGGCUCAACGUUCUUCCAAGACUGAGGCAGAAGGUUCCCAGCUCAAGAUUGAGUCGAAGCGAGUUUUGACUUGGGAAAACCUGACCUACGACGUCCCUGUCCCGGGAGGAACCCGCCGGUUGCUCAACAAUGUGUAUGGAUACGUCAAGCCUGGUCAACUAACGGCUCUCAUGGGUGCAUCUGGUGCUGGAAAGACUACCUUGCUCGAUGUCCUUGCUUCCAGGAAGAACAUUGGUGUUAUUGGUGGUGACAUUUUGGUUGACGGCAAGAAGCCCGGAAAGGAGUUCCAGCGUUCGACGUCGUAUGCCGAGCAGCUUGAUGUUCACGAGCCCACGCAAACCGUUCGGGAGGCCCUCCGGUUCUCUGCCGAUCUCAGGCAGCCUUUCGAGACUCCCCAGGAGGAGAAAUACGCCUUUGUCGAGGAGAUGAUUGCUUUACUGGAGCUUGAAGAUCUGGCAGAUUCCAUUAUUGGAUGGCCCGAAUUUGGCCUCACUGUCGAACAACGUAAGCGUGUGACAAUCGGCGUUGAGCUUGCCGCCAAGCCCGAGCUUCUUUUGUUCCUUGACGAGCCCACGUCCGGCCUCGACAGCCAGAGCGCCUUCAACAUCGUGCGCUUCCUCAAGAAGCUCGCAAACGCUGGCCAGGCUAUUCUUUGCACCAUCCACCAGCCCAACUCUGCCCUCUUUGAGAACUUUGACCGUCUCCUUCUUCUCCAGCGCGGUGGCCGAUGCGUCUACUUUGGUGACAUUGGCAAGGAUGCCAACGUCCUCCGUGAUUAUCUCAAGCGUCAUGGCGCCGAGGCCUCACCCACCGACAACGUUGCUGAGUACAUGCUUGAGGCCAUUGGUGCCGGAAGCGCUCCUCGUGUUGGAGACCGUGAUUGGGCGGACAUCUGGGAGGAGUCUCCUGAGCACGCCAACGUCAAGGAUACUAUCUCUCAGCUCAAGGAAGAGCGCAAGGCAGAUGUGGCCAACGACAACACUGCGGCUCUCGAAAAGGAGUACGCCUCGCCCAUGAGCCACCAGCUCAAGGUCACCUGCCACCGUACCAAUCUCGCGCUCUGGCGUUCUCCAAACUAUCUCUUCACCCGUUUGUUCAACCACGUCGUCAUUGCCCUCAUCACCGGACUCACCUAUCUCCAGCUCGACAACUCGCGGUCUUCUCUGCAGUACAAGGUCUUCGUCAUGUUCCAGGUCACUGUCCUGCCAGCCCUGAUUCUGUCCCAGGUUGAGGCCAUGUAUCACAUCAAGCGUGGCAUCUUCUUCCGCGAGUCAUCGUCCAAGAUGUACAACAGCAGCGCCUUUGCUGCUUCCAUGCUUCUCGCAGAGCUGCCCUACGUCGUCCUGUGUGCUGUGGCCUUCUUCCUGCCGCUCUACUAUAUGCCAGGCUUCCCCGUUGAUAGCUCGAGAGCUGGAUAUCAGUUCUUCAUGAUCCUCAUUACUGAGUUCUUUUCGAUUACACUUGCCCAAGCCUUGGCCUCCAUCACCCCGUCGACAUUUAUCUCUAGCCAGCUGGAUCCGUUUUUGAUGAUCACCUUUUCGUUGUUCUGCGGUGUUACCAUCCCGUUCCCCCAAAUGCCCGAUGGAUACAAAUGGCUAUAUCAGCUUGACCCGUUCACUCGUCUUAUUGGCGGUAUGGUUACAACUGGGCUGCACGAACUCGAUGUGAAAUGCACCCCGGUAGAGCUCAACAAGUUUACGCCCGCGAACGGUAGCUCUUGCGAAGAGUACAUGAGGCCUUUCUUCAACGCUGGCGGUAACGGAUACAUUGUCGACCCCAGCUCCACCAGUCAAUGUGAAUACUGUGCCUACAGCGUCGGCGACCAGUUCUACACGCCACUCGGCAUGACGUUCGAUACUAGGUGGCGGGAUCUUGGAAUCUUCAUUGCCUUUUGCGCGAGCAACAUCAUCAUUAUUUUCGUUGCAAACCGUUUCCUGAACUUCAACAAGCGAUAG